AUGGAGCAAAGACAGGACUGCCAUCCUCUGUUAAGAGGAGGGAAGAGAGUGAGUAAUGAUGCUUACAGUCAUGGGUUCUCUUCAGGCCAAAUCGAAUCACUGGCUGCUAUGUGUGAAACGAUCAUUCCUCCAUUGUCUGUACCUGCUUUUAGCGAGGAGAUCCCGGUUGAGAAACAUCAGGCUAUUCAAUCUUUCUACAAAGCUUCUGGCUCUCACUCACCAUUACCUGAUGAGGUGGCAAAUUUUAUUGUCAAGAGAGGUGUAGCAGAUGCAGUGUUCGUAGUGAGAUUGGUUUUGAAGUUUCUCUCUUAUAGAUUGAGCACACUUUUGCUUUGUGGGUUCAUGUGUUUGGAUUGGAAGUGGCCAUUCAUUCACAAGUUCUCCGAAAUUUCUCUGGAGAGGAGACAACAAAUUCUUAUGAACUGGUCAAGGCAAACGUACCUUACACCCCUAAGAAUCGUAUUUGUGAUGAUCAAACUCUUCUGCUUGUACAAUUUCUUCUCCAGGACUGAUGAAAACUCACAAAACCCAGCAUGGGAAGCAAUUGGAUACCAAGUAGACACCAGGGAAAAGUUGAAUAAACCCCGAGAAGAGAGACCUCUUCAAAAGGGGAUCAUAGAAAUUGCACAUGAAGAUGACUCAACCCUUGUCCGAACUCUCAUCCAAAAAGGCCUCCAAGUCACCGAAGAUCCAGAACACAACACCUGCAAGAUUGAAUGUGAUGUUGUGAUUGUUGGCUCCGGUUGUGGGGGAGGGGUUGCAGCUGCGUUACUUGCAAGCUCAGGCCAGAAAGUACUUGUUCUUGAGAAAGGGAACUACUUUGUGGCGCAAGACUACUCUUCGCUGGAAGGGCCUUCCUCGUCUGAGCUAUACGAGUCUGGUGGAUUUCUCUCGACUCACAGCGGGAAAGUUACGAUUUUAGCUGGAUCAACUGUGGGUGGAGGCUCUGCUAUAAACUGGUCUGCAUGCAUUAAGACACCUGAUACUGUUCUCAGAGAAUGGUCUAUGGAUCACAAGAUUCCAGUUUUUGGGAGCCCUGAUUAUCAACAUGCCAUGGAAGCUGUGUCCGAGAGGAUUGGUGUCACAAAUAACUGUACUGAGGAAGGGUUUCAAAACCAAGUUCUUCGAAAAGGAUGUGAGAAUCUCGGUUUAGAAGUUGAAUCAGUCCCAAGGAAUUCCUCCGAGGAUCAUUAUUGUGGUUCUUGCGGCUAUGGCUGUAGAACAGGAGACAAGAAAGGGACUGAUUCCACGUGGUUGGUCGAUGCUGUUGGUUGUGGUGCUGUCAUACUAACAGGAUGCAAAGCUGAGAAAUUCAUAUUGGAGGAUGCUAAGAAUGGAUUGGCAAGGAAGAAAUGCUUGGGAGUGAUCGCAAGAGCUGUGAGUACAAACGUCUCAAAGAAGCUGCAAAUUGAGGCUAAAGUAACUGUUUCGGCAUGUGGCUCGCUCUUGACACCUCCACUUAUGAUCUCUAGUGGGUUGAAGAAUCCAAAUAUUGGCAAGAACCUCCACCUCCACCCAGUGCAAUUGGCUUGGGGCUACUUUCCAGAACAUUUAUCAGGUCUCAAAGGCAAAGCAUUUGAGGGAGGAAUUAUUACAUCGGUCCACAAGGUAGUCUCAGAGGAGUCCAAUGUCCGCGCCAUUAUUGAAGCUUCAUCGCUUGGACCUGCCUCAUAUGCAGCAUUAUCUCCAUGGAUUUCAGGACCAGACUUGAAGGAGAGGAUGGUUAAAUAUGCAAGGAUUGCCCACAUUUUUGCAUUAAUCAGAGAUCGAGGUUCUGGAGAAGUGAAGGUGGAGGGUGAAAUUAAGCAUAGACUAGACAAGUUAGAUAAGGAAAACCUUAAAAUUGGCUUGAGGCAGGCUUUGCGAAUUCUGGUUGCGGCUGGAGCUGUCGAAGUGGGCACUUACCGGAGCGAUGGCGAAAGAAUAGUCUGUAAUGGUAGUACGGACAAAGAUUUGGAAGAGUUCUUAGACACUAUCACUGUACCUGGAGGGAUGCAUUCGAGGGAGGAAAAUUGGACCGUAUUCUUUUCUGCACAUCAGAUGGGCAGUUGUAGGAUGGGUUCGACAGAGGAAGAAGGUGCGGUUGAUGAAAAUGGCGAAAGUUGGGAGGCAAAUGGCUUAUUUGUAUGUGAUGGAAGUGUACUGCCAAGUGCAAUUGGGAUCAAUCCCAUGAUUACCAUCCAAUCCACAGCAUACUGCAUUUCCAAGAACAUAGCUGAAUCCUUGAAAAAGUGUUAG